UCGCGUUACGCCACUGAUCGCGAAUCAGAGGGUAAUGCAUGUUGAGUUAUCGUACGUGAGUGAGUUCGACUACCCUAGCAUUCCUCCUAACACAUAUCAUGCUAUGAUCCAAGUACAGGCGUGGUAGUGUCGAGCGUCGUUCGAAUUAAAGGGAGCAAUACAUCGUUCAACCACCCCUUCGUUGGAUGAGAGGGUGGAAACGACAGCGUGUUAGUGAGCUCUGUGAGUGCACACGGGCAACGAUUGCUGGUGGUUGGCCAAGUAACACGAAGGUAAAUCGGUGAAAUGGCAGUGGUGGUGAACGAUCGUGUCAGAGGGCAAUGGAUGAAGUUAGUCAGUCAGCGUUUGCUCGCGCCGCCACCACGAUGGAAGUUCAUCCAUCGUGCUUACGUUACGAUCUUUCGUACGAAUCGUGAACACGUCGGAAUAUGUAGCCUUAGUGGCUAGAUUGCCAGCAGCGGAAUGUCAGGAUCCGAAAAAGGAUCGGUUAGACCGAUCAGACAAUUGUCUCUGCAACCACCUGCGCCUCAUCGCCAGCAAAUCAGGCGACAAAGAUCUGCGGAGGAUGACAAAUCGCUGCAGAUCUGUGCGAGUCCUUUCGCACGUGGCAAGCGUGGCACGAGCGGUAAAACCGGCUCUGAAAGACCUAAGGUUCGCGUUGCCUGGAAGGAGAACCGUCAAAGGAACGAAAAGAACGACGAAGAGCUCGGGCAAGUUGAAGUGGUGGCUCGUCAAAUUCCACGACGAUCCAGAUCUACCAAUAGAGGAAGAUCAAGAGGCUUCGUUGGGACCGAAAAACCCACGAUCCUCUAUUCUAGAUUGGAACUGGCGGAGAGGCUGAGGCUCGCUUGGAAAUAUCGCGAGAAGAAUAAAGCCAAUAUUAAUAUUUUCCUAGCUCGUGAGACUGUGGAUGAGAGAUGCGAGUCUGAAAUGUCCAAUCACACCAACGCAUCGUCUCCUGUACGAAAGAAAGACAAGUCUAAAAUCGAAAUAUCUCUUGACGACUAUAAAAUGCAAAAUGAAAAGGAAGAAAGAGAAAUGGAGAAAAUUAUUAUUGAUAAAUCAAUGGAAGAUUUGUCAAAGAAUAAUUCGAUUACUUCGAGGAAUAGCGAGCACAAAUUUUUACACUUUUCCAGUGACGACAAGCAAGUUUUGGAAGAAAACGAAGUUUCUGCAGAUAUACAGAAUAAGGCGAGAGAAAAGGCUGAUGUAGAAAGGGAACAAUCGAACGAGCAAAUAUCGAAGGACGCGAGCAUCGACGAUACCAAUGCGAAGAAAAAGUCCUCAGCAAGUAUCGACUGCUCGAGUUAUCGCGUUACCUCCACAACGUUGCCAUCGAUCAAAAUCGAAAACUCGACCCUGGGAGUUAUGAAGGUGUCGAAGGAGGAUUUUUCAUCGGCGAAGCAAAAGCGUGCGAGCUUUCACAGCGGUACCAACCGAGCUUUCCUCGACCCAAUUAGAUCGCCAACGGAGUUCAGAUGGAAUUCCACGCCGGAUAAAAACGUGCCACAAAAAUCAUCGAUUAACAACCGUGCCACCGUAGAGAGAAGUCAUUCGAUUCGAUUAACGACCGUAGAAAAUAAAGAGACCGUCACCAAUGAAAGAGCCGUAACAGAAGAAAACGUCCCUGAAUUUCGAUGCGAUUUGACUGACGGGAAGAGCAUAAUGAAAAAAAUGGUUGCAGAUGGUAAACUGUCUUGCGUAUCGGAGAAGAACGAGCGGAUGAAAACAGUGGUCGAAAGCAAGAAUACUGCGGCAGAAGAUAAAACGAUGACUCAGAAAACGAACGAAGCGGACGAAUUUAAUUUGAUUGAAAAAACUCUGUCGACCAGCACCGUGGCUGGGAAUAAAGGCAGUUUUACGAUCGAUAAAGCUACAUGUUCAAAGAAUUCGUCGGAAGUGAGAUGUAGCUCGGUGAACGAGAGGGAUCCACCGUUGAAGAAGACAGCAGAAAACCAGAAGAUCGAUCAGAAAUCCAGAAGGACUAGCUCUGCGCCGCCACAACGACGUUUCGAAUCAACUUCGGCCAAUAAUCGCGUUCACGUUAACAUUGUGAUCGAUUCAUCGGGGAAGAACAAGAAUCAGGGGAAACAAGAUGCGAAUUGUAAAGAUAACGCGAUGGAAAAAGCGGAUAUAACUUCGACGAAGAUAUCGUCAAAUCGGGCUGUAAGAUCAGCGCCGUUAAAGAGACGAUCCAGAAGCGCGAGAAGACGUUUCUGCGGCGGAGGUUCCUCUAAAAAUGACGAAGUUGGAAAAUCGGGUAACAGAUCGGCUGGUCGUGCAAAGAAUUCGAUCGAUUCCAGAACGAUGGACAUCGUUACGAUGGUGUCCCUUGUCAGUUCUACGGACAGCGAUACCGAUACCGAGAAUUCGCCCAGGGAUGACAAGUUAAUCGACGAGCUACGUAGCAAACUACCCACUACAUCGAUCAUUAAAACAUCGAUUAAUUCCGCUUUGAGUAGCGCGAGGAAACCUAUCAAAUCAGUUUCCUUUCAGAAAGAUUCCUUUGACGAGAAUACUUCACCGAAAGAGCAACAACCCUUGUCACGGGAGGAGAAAAAAACGAUACAACCGUGGUUGGCGAUCGUUAACCAGCGUGGAAACGGAGCAACCUCGUCAAACGAGGAAACAGUGUCCUGGAGAACGGACAUUACCAACAGUUCAGCCCUACCUAUUCUGGCAUUGAUUCACGACGCUGAAGAGCCGCUCGACGUCCCGUUGACUGAUCGCGAAAAGAGAUGCCUGGCCGUGCCUAUUGGUGAUCUACACGAUAAAAAACGGAAGUUACUAAAAACUCGUAGCACGCCAUCACGAUCCGGAAUGGACAAACAAACGACAUCCCUGAAAAUAAAAAUGCAGGACUCGCCGAGGACGAUCUCACAGAAAAUGGAGGUUCCCGCCCAACAAACUAAAACACCCAUAAAUAAUUCUCCUGCGAAUAUAAAAUCUGCAUUUACACCAUCUUCAAAGGAAACUUUUCAACAUGUACAGUCCAUAUCCACGGAACCACACUUUCAAACCAACAAAGAGAAAGAAUGUUGGCAUCUUUAUAAAAAAAUGUGCGACAAAGGCGUUUGCGUCUCUUUUGAUACGGUUUUAAGGGGUAUGCUUACACCAACAGAAUAUCGAUUAAGACAGAGGGAAGUUUCACAAAAUUUACAAUAAAAUUUACAAUAAACAGUAUAAUCGAUGGGAGAUCCUUUUCUUAUAUACUGUUGGUAUUUUUGUAGAAAAUCGUAAUUUAUUAUUUUUAUCUAAAAACAUGGGUCUAAGAAAGUAACAUGGUUAAAACAAAGAUGUUCAAAAUCGAAUAGCGAUCUGAGCUUGUAUUGUAUUAAUAUUGUAUUUUUAGAAUUUAGAUACGAAUUGAAUAGGGAGUAUUUACGAAAGAUCUUUACUUUUCUAGCGAAUAAAAUAUUUGAAUUAGUUUUAUUGAAUUUUAGAUGUACAUACACUAACUGCCUAAUUUUUUAGAAUAUUUAUUAACAUAUUUAAAUUAAAUACACAAGUGUUUCAGAAAUUAAAAGGAAGAAAUUUAUGAAACGAAUAAAAAUUGCAAAUAUAGCAAAAAGUUACUGUUAUGUUACAUUACUGUAUUACGAAUUAAAAUAUGCGAGAGUUCAUAAACAUAAAACAAAGUUGAUUAUUAGA